AUGACUGUUGAAAAUGUCUACUAUGACUGCUACGCUGAUCACCGUGAGACGAUUUUGUUUGAUGAGAUCGUACUAUAUUCUAGAUGGUUGGCUGCCAGUUCGACCAUCAUUGUUCGUUAUCUUCCAGAGCGCGUCGUGCGUCAGUUCGACUACCAGCACACGAUACCUCGCCAACCUUCUGACUCUGCUCUUAUCGCCAUGACCCGUCGGCGGCUAGAUGAGGUCUUUGCAAACUGGGAUCACCAUAUGGUUCCUGCUGAGGCUCGGGCGACCACAUCAGAGAGGGACUGGAGCUGCGUCGAUGGGUACAUCACCUCAUACUAUAGAGUGUCACACCUAUACAUGCUUCCCACCGCACCUAGAUCACCGCCCAGACCAGCCCACAAGGAAAUUUUGUAG